AUGAUUUCACCUAGUUAUGAAGAUCCCUUAGGUGCACUUAAAGCUGAGCAGGAGUCAUUGGAGCGCCAGAUACACAAUUUGCAUAAACAAACUGCUUCUGUUCUUCACCUUCCUCUAGAUAAAGGAUUGAAGUUAGAUAAUGGAACACAAUAUGGUCAUGCCUUCCAAAUUACAAAGAAGGAAGAGCCAAAAAUAAGAAAAAUGCUGACCACCCAGUUUAUUAUCCUCGAAACUCAAAAGGAUGGGAUGUUUGAGAACUUAUCUGUCUUGCUUUCUGAAUUGGAUGUCUUACUUAGUUUUGCUGAUUUGGCUUCUAGUUGUCCUACUCCGCACACAAGCCCCAACAUCACUCCAUCUGAGGUGGGUGAUAUAAUAGUCGAAGGAAGUAGAUAUCCAUGCAUGGAAGCUCAAGACUGGAUGAAUUUUAUACCAAAUGAUUGUAAACUUGUGAGUGUUCAAUUGAUGAAGGAGCAUGCUUCUUCUGGCCUUCUAAUAUCCAAACAGGUGUGA